CCAGGCCAGGUGAAAGCAAGGUCCAAGGCGGUCGGUGGCUGUGGCUUCCUUGCGAGCAGGAUGGCCGUGCCCGGGUGGGAGCGCGGGGCUCGGCUGCUGUUCUGCGCCUUGGGGCUGGCGCUGUCUGUUUACGCCUUCCACGUGGAGACCUCCAAGGAGCGGGACGCCACCUACCAGGCCAUGUGCGACAUCAGCUCCUCCAUCAGCUGCUCCCGGGUCUUCACUUCCAGGUGGGGUCGUGGCUUUGGCUUGGUGGCAGGCCUCUUGGGGCCCCGCAGUCUGUUCAAUCAACCUAACAGUAUCUUUGGGAUUGCCUUUUACACCCUCCAAAUCCUUCUAGGCUUCUUCAACAGUGGCUUGGCAGCCAUUGCUCUAUUGGGUUCCUCCCUCGUCUCCAUCGCUGGCUCACUCUACCUGGCCUACAUCCUCUUCUUUGUGCUUCAUGACUUCUGUGUGGUUUGUGUUAGCACUUACCUCCUCAACUUUGCCCUGUUGUUCCUCAACUACAAGCGGCUUGGCUAUCUCAACGAAGCCUGGCAGAACCACGCACCCAAAGCCAAACGUCAGUAAGGUGAUGUCCCCUCAGACUGUUGGUAAUACUCUUGAGGGUACAACUGCACAUGGACCUCACUUACUCCUGCAAUUUUUUUAUAACCACCAUCUGUUUUGUAUAACACUAGCAUGCUUCUUCCUGCUUGGAAAUCCCCCAUUUGCCCUCCAGAUCAACGACUCAGUAUUGACCCAGAUCAGCGACUCAGUAUUGAUCCUUCUGGUGCCAAUCAGAUUAGAUCCAUGCAGCCCAGUCUGCAUUAUGGAAUUAAAAUGGAUGUCACCUUUGGUUGGUCUUUUCCUUUUUUUUUUUUAAGACAAACAUUUUUAAUAACUAUUUUCUUAGCCAUUUCUUUCUUCCUUUUAAGUCAUUUUUAUACAACACAGAUUGUACAAAUGUAGUUUAUUGCUAAUAAACUUCAUGUGUUAAGUU